GGGAACUGGCUCUCUGAUGUUCUUCAGCUGUUGGAGGUUGACCUAUUUUCUUGUCUCUUUGUAAUGAAGGAUUGGAACCCACAUGACAAAUGAGUAAAAUUCUCCAGUCUCAGCUGGGAGUCUGAAAAGAUGCAGCGAAGACAGAGUUCUAAGACCCCAAAGCAGCCUCUGCAAGUUAACCAUAAAAAUCAAACUGAUCUCUCUGCAUGGCGAAAAGGAGGGAGAACUGACCCUGGAAAUAGUGUCCAGAAUCAUCAAUCUCCUAAUGAUCAGAAAAAUGACAGCGAGCAAGUCUCCCUUGAGCAAGCUUUGAGCUACUUUGAGAAAGUUCAAGACCGUGUUUCACUGAAAAAGAGCAAUGUUCUGCAGAAACACUUGGCUGCUGUGGAAAGCACGGCCCUGCAAAGAGGGUUACCCCCUGAAGGAUUUGAUGUAUUGCUAAAUGUAGCACUUAGUGGCAAACUUGCUGAUACAGUGAAUACUCGUUUACUGAAGAGCCUGAUUCCAGCCUCAGUAAUACCAGAAAGUUGUGUCGUUUCAUCUGUAUCUUGGCUCUGUGUCAGCAAAUGCUCAGACAACAUCCAGCUGCUUUUUUUAAGAUGGUUGAUCACAAUGUUUGACUUCGUUGAUCACAAGGAACAAAUUCAUGCCCUCUAUGGUUUCUUCUUCUCCUUCCUGCAAGAUGAGAAGAUGUGCCCCUAUGUCUGCCACCUGCUCUACCUGCUGACCAGGAAAGAAAACGUCAAGCCUUUUCGGGUUAGGAGACUGCUUGACCUCCAAGCAAAAAUGGGAAUGCAGUCUCAUCUGCAGGCUUUACUAUCACUUUACAAACUCUUCUGUCCUGAGCUGGUGACCAUAACCCUUCCUGGAAAAAUGAAGAGUUACUUCAAGAAUUCAGAGGGCCCAUGGAAAGCAGUAAUCAACACAGUAAGGCAAAGAAACCAGGCAAACUCUCCAGUGUCCCAGCUACUGAUUUUAGGCACAUCUCAACCUCAGUCACGAAAAAGGAAAUGGAAUACCCAGUUGACUAUACCUGCAAGCAGUACAAACAGAACUAAUUUAGAAGAGGACAGGAAAAAGAACCGUGUUGAUUUGUACAGUACGAAAGAGUCUGCUUUUCGAGUAGAGCAGCUGCAGACUUUUUCUCAGCUCCUACAAAAUAUCCACCACCUAGAGUUUCCUUCCCAGAUGGGUUCAGUGCUAACAAACCCUUUAUUGCUUCACUACAUGAAUUGCAUCAAAGAUGAAUCUAUUUACUUGCGGCUCUACUAUUGGAUGGGCCAGACCUUUCAAGAAGAAUGCACCUGGUGUGUGGCUGAUAAUAACCAAUAUGAAGAAGAAUUCAAGGACUUCCUGGAAAUGGUCUACAAGACAGAGUGUUUCUUGCAGGAGGGAUUUUCUUCCUGUGAAGAGUUCCUGUAUAAGAGCCUUCCUCUCUGGGACGGCUUCUGCUGCCGAUCACAAAUCCUCAGGCUUGUGAGUUGGAUCCCCCUUAGCGGCUUCUCUGAAAUGAAGUCAUACCUCUAUGAUCCACUGUCACAGCUCUUUUUCACGUCAUCCCUUUACUUUAAGUGCAGUGUUCUUGAGAGCCUGAAAGAGCUGUUGCAGAACUGGUUGAAUUGGCAUGUGAUUCAUCUGGAUUCAGAGUCUGACUCUCAAGGCCAUGCUUUGAGUACCACCCUUUCUGGAAUAGUGAAUGUGGUGGCUGAACUGAUCCACUUUGUUGGAAGGAUCUCUACUGUUGCGUUGCGUUUGGAAGACGAUUCUACUUUCUUGCUGUACUUCAUCCUGGAUUUCUAUGAGACCGUGUGUGACAUGUAUCUGAGGUACAAUCUGCCUUUGUUGAUAAUGCCUCCUGCUGGAGUUUUCUACCCAGCACUUCUCAGCAUGGAUUCCGUCAACUUGAAUCAGCUCUGCUACAUUAUGUACAGGUAUCGAACCAACUUGGUGGCAGCAAAAGAAAGUGAGCUGAGUAAAAAGAAAAUACUGCAAUUCAAGUUCAGUAGCGAGACAUACCAGGAGUACAACCGGUACAUAAUAGCUAUGGUGGGUUGUCUGUGGACAUCCAGUGCAUUCCAGAAGGAUAUUCAUCCUCAAGGUCUUCAUAUGGAUGAAGAACUGCUGAAGAAAACUGCAGUGCAGGAAUUCAAAACCAGCUUUAACAUUGUCUAUCAUCCAGCCAUGAUGGGCUAUGCUGUCCUCUUCCUGCAGCAGGCUUGGCCAGAUGAUACCACCUUCAACUUCAGUUUAAUUAAGGGAAAGAAAUGGAACUGGUAUCUGGAAUAUCUCUAUGCACAAGGUUUACAGGGCCUGAAGGUCUUCAUUGAAAGCAGCAUCAAUCGUGUUUCCCAGGCCUCUUGCAGUAAAGCAGAGAAUGUGCAAGUGUGACCCUGGGACUCACUGGAGCCUUUUUGUCAUCUGGAACAGGAAAGCAGAAUGUAAUGGACUGUGUCACUAAUUCUUCCUUCCUUGGAGGAAAGAAACAGAGCAAUAUAAUG